AUGCCUUGGAUGAUAAACACAAACGAAUUAUUUGAACUUGCUUCUGAAAAAAAUAAUAUAUAAAUUGAAAAAAUUACAACUACUUAUACAGGAAAAAAUAAUAAUAGUAUAAUGGAAGCUGAAGUUCAUUUUUUAAAUUUAAAAGAUGCCCAAAAUUUUAUUGACAAUUAUAACGAAGCCACUUUAGAAGGAAAAGAAUUAAAAGUUUUCUUAAUUUGAUC